GCAGCCUUUACGCCACUUGCCGAUGGAGCUCACGGACGCUAGAAACGAGUCGGCGAAGUUCUUCCCGGAGGUAAGGCAAAGUCGGUUAAAGUCGUUUAACUGCAAACAGUUAAAAAGUUUCGGGAACGACCGGAACAGCCGAAGGCCAUGUGGCUCCGGACCCCGCCGUGCCGGCGGCGGGGGAGGCUCCGAGGGGCAGGACAGGGAUAGCCCGCGGAACCCCCGCCCGUCUCCGGCCAGCCGCAGCCGGGACACGGCGCUGGAAACCUUCGACGGCAUUGUUUGGUUUUCUUUUUUUUCCGAUUCCUCCCGUGAAUUUACUCCCGGCUCGACAGACUUAGCGGAAGAGCAGCCCCCUCGCCACACACACACACACCCCCGCCCCGCAGCACUGCCGGGUGCCCGUCCUGGGGAGGCGCCGCGCCGGGCGGCUCCCUUGGCUCGGCGCCGCGGCAGGGUCACGCCUGCCCGGUGCGCGGCGCUGGGCUUUUCGAGCCGCCCGCCCGCCGCACCGCAGCCCCAUGUCCGCGCUCCCCGCCGGUGCCGACAUCAAGAGGGCUCUGGAGAACAGCCCCGAGACCGACAUCGAGGAUGAGCUGCCCGACGGGCCGCCGCAGCCGCGGCCCAAGAACUACCUGCUCCUCAGCAUCCUCGCCUGCUUCUGUCCCGCCUAUCCCGUUAACAUUGUCGCCUUCGUCUUCGCCGUCAUGGCUUUAAACAGUUAUAAUCAAGGAGAUAUAGAAGGGUCAAAAAGGCUGGGUCGCAAUGCACUCUGGGUUGCUGUUGCAUCAAUUAUCAUUGGCCUUGUCAUCAUUGGAAUCUACUGCGUAGUUCAUUUCACAACGCAUGCUAUCUGAAGACCAGGACUGCACUUGGAGGAUAUCAUCAUGUAAAUCUUGGGAGGGAAAAAGAAGAAGAGAAGGAAACCCUUCAUUCCAGACUGUUAGAUUUGACCCUACAAGUCUGCAGAGGCAUGUUACUGGUGGAUGAACUGAUAGUCCAGUUAGUUAAUCAGCAUGGCGUGACCAGGUUUUCAAAAUUACUUAUUUAUAAGAAAUUCAGCAUAAAGCAGCAUUUUCUCUUUUACCCUACUGUAUAAUGAGAUCUUGCCGUAACAACUCCAUUUUCUUUCUCAUUUACAUGGAAUGUAUGCUGGAUCCAUGAUGUUCCCUGGCUGACCCUACCCAAACAAAGCCAACAUACCUAGACUGUUUAUAGUGCACAAUGUAAGAACCGAUGCACAGCCCGCUGAAGCUAGUAGAACUCCUGUUGCCUCCAGUCCUCCAGUGGGUUUUGGAUCAGGCCAUUAAGGAUUUUUUAUUACUUUAAAAUAGUCUCAACAUAACACAAUUAUAACCAUGGGUUUCUGAUUUUAUCCUGCUGUGUGAUUUUAUAAUGCCGUGGGCAUACUCUGACUCAGCAGCUGCUUUCUUGUGUCAUCCUCAGCUUUUAGGUCUUUACCUUGGAUUUUUAACCACCUGGGACCGACUUCAAUCACUUGAUUAUUAAGAGACACUCUUCUUCCAUAGCAUCCAUAUUUUUCUUAAUGAUUUAUUUUUGUUUUGUUGUCUUUCAUUGUUGAACUCCCUUGACUUAGCUCCAGUCCUGCAUUAAAGUUGCACUGAUCAUAUUUUCCUCUUUAAACUUCACGUAUGUAAAAAGUUCCUAUUUUUUUUAUCUGACAAAAGAUCUUCUUUUUAAAUAGAUGUUCUUCUUCAUCCCUUUGUUAUUGUUCCUCUAGCAAGUCACAUAGUUUCAUUGUGUUCUGCUUUGUUCAUGUCUUUUUUUUUGUUUAGUUCAUCCUCUCAUCUUGCUAUGAAUAGUCUAUACAUCAAUGCAGUUAAGAGAUGGACAGACUUUUGUACCCUUACAUAGACAUAGACUCUUGCUGAUCCUAAGAUAUUACUCAGUGAACAGCCUUAGGUUACAGAAUUGAUGGCCUCUAAAUUACUGCAGUUUCUUGAUACCUUAUGAAAAUUCAGCAUGGGACAGCUUUAUUAGCUGAAAAGUGUUUGAAAGAAUACAUUUGUUUUGUCACACAAAUAUUCCAUGUUAAAAAGAGUAAGCUCUGGUGAGCAUUAAGACAGAUGGCUACAUCUUCAGUGAUUGUUGCUCCAUUUGCUUUAACUGUUACUACAUCUUCAAGCAAGCUGUGCCAACUUACACUUACUCUCCUUGCACUAACGUAAAUCUGGACCGACUACCCAGAAAUGCAUGGGAUUUUUGCAGGUGCAAGUGAGAAAAGAAUUAUGCCUGACAGGAGUACAACUACCUAUUUAAAAAAAGUAAUAAUCUCCCAGAAACCUUUACCUGUUAAAGCAUAUGCCUGAAAGUAGCAUGUAUUUUCUGUGCCUUGAUAUUAUACUCCUAAUGUGCUUUUUUGCUUUUCUUUCUGCCAAAUUCUGUUUUUCAUUGAAGUCAGUGAUGCAUUGCCUAUCCUUAAUUAUUCCAGUAUAAAACUUCAUGAACGCUGGUGACAUCAGUUGAUUUCUUCAGCAUUUACACUGAUCGAAUUUGUCCAUGUGGGAAUUUUGCCACUGAUUUUGAUGAUCCCAAGAACUGGCUGUUCUGUGAAUUCCUCUUUGGUUUUUGAAUACUAUUUCAAUGAUCUGAUACGUCUUGUGGGACUUUUAGUAGCUUGCCUUAUUAUCAGAUAUGAUAGAACUGUCAUUGAGAAGUGGAAUAAAAUGACUUUUAAUUCAUGUCCA